CUCAUUUGGAGUCAUUCCUGUUUUAAAACAUUGGUUUGGAAGAAAUUCACAGUAAAAAAAUCUUUAUCCUGAUCCAGAUUUGCAAUUUCUUUGUGAACAAGGGGCCAUCUUAAAUAAAUUGCUGAAAUACCAACCCUAUUUUUUCUACAGCAUAAUUCCUGUUUUUAAGUAUUACAUGUUAAUAUUUGAUGAUCAGCAUGACCAAGCCUAAAAGACUUGAUAAAGCCAGCAAGCUCCAUAGAAUUAUUCCACAGAACAGUUUAACCAUAUAUCCCAUAUUGGGUAGGGAACAAACUCUGUAACUAUCUGAUGUCUGACCAGUCUAAGAUCACAUGCCAUAGAUUAUGGCAUGGCCAUGGCACUCUUAAUUGAUAGGUUAUCAUAUUUUACAGAUAAUGGAUAUGAGAGAUGAUGAGCUGAAGUUAAUUGCUGAUCACAUGGGACACUCUGUUGCCAUACAUACUGACGUGUACAGAAUGCAGACGUCAGUGCUUGAACGAACAAAAGUUGCAAGGGCUCUUCUAGCUUUAGAAGAUGGUAAACUACAGGGGUUUAAUGGUCGCGACCUUUCGUCGGUCAGCCUUGAUGAAUUGCCUGAACCUGAACCUGAACCUUACAAAGCAGGGUCAUUUGAAGAAUUGUCUGAACCAGACAACAGCUAUGAGGAUGUUCCUGAAGUUGAAACAGAAGCUGUACAGAAGCCUCAUGCAUGUACAGGAUCAAAAAACGAUGGUCGAAAGAGGAGGAGAGUGCUCUACGGGAAGCCUUUGACAUUCAGAUAA